AUGCUCACCGUCGAGGAAAUCCGUGCUCUUGGGGAGGCCCAUCCCGAGUUUGAACCUAUAAUCAGGGCUCAUAACCCGAUGCUCAACGGCUGGGAUAUGAACACCGACCUCGAUUCCUUCCGAGAAAUGAUGGCCCAGGUCCAACAGUAUCGGACCAAGCCUGACCCGGAGACAGUCCCCUAUAACUUGAAAGACUUCAAGAUUCCUCUUCGGGAUGGUUUUGAAGUCAGUGCCCAAUCAUAUACGCCAAAGGGAGAUGUUCCCUCUGAUGGGCGCCCUGGGCUGGUUGUCUUUCACGGCGGUGGUUUUGUAUCAGGUGAUCUCAACACCGAGGCAGGGCUGUGUGUCGAGUUUGCCAAGCUCGGAGGCAUUGCUGUCAACAUCGACUACCGCCAUGCGCCUGAACAUGUUUUCCCUCAGGCCAUCAACGAUGCCUUUGAUGCUACAGUUUGGGUGUCUCAAAAUGUAGACAAGUUUGGGAUCAACCCAUCCAAAGGCUUUAUCAUUGGCGGCACCAGCUCAGGCGCAGACGUCUCUCUCGUUGUCUCCCACUUGUGCCGCGACGCCAAGAUGACUCCUGCUCUGACUGGGGUCUUUGCGCCAAUCACCUCUGGUGUUAAUAGUCAAACGGUCCCUGACAAGUACAAGGACCACUUCAUUAGCAUGGAGCAGUGUGCAAAGGCUCCUGUAUUCAGCGCAGAGUCGAUGAAGUUUGUUCACUCCAAGUAUAAGCCGGACCCGAAGAGUCCUCUGGCAUUCCCGGUUGCUUUCCCUAGUCACGCAAGUCUCCCCAAGACCUACUUCCAGGCUUGCGGGAUGGACCCUGUAAGGGAUUGCAGUAUUGUGCUUGAGCAGAUCUACAAGGACGAAGGCGUACAGACGAAACUUGAUAUAUAUCCUGGUUUGCCUCACGCAUUCUGGGCCGUAUUUCCAGAGCUUGCGAUAUCGCAGAAGCGUGAGCGGGAUGUUGUUGAGGGCUUCAAGUGGUUGCUUGCUGUGUGA